UGCUUUUACGUGCUCGGAAAGCAAUAUCAGUAAUAACUCAAGCAUCCCUUUUUUUUUGCCCGUUAAGGGAAUGUAAAAGCUUGGUGCUUCAGUGUAUUGAUAGAAUGUAAAAGUUGGUGGUUACAAGCCUAAAGUUAAGCUGAACCCCAGCACACAGACACAUUAAUAUCUCAGAGGCACUCACACAGGGCAGCAGCAGGUUGAGGCUUCCUGCACUUGCCAUAGCCCAGGAGCGUGCCUCCGAUUUGAUUUGUUGGACCAACUCGUAGAUGUCUGGGUGCUCCUCAUCAAAGGAUGAGGAAAGGAACAGAUAUCAAGUCUAGACUCUAGCUUCAGGUUGCCUCAUACACCAUCAUGUCGUUGUACGGCUUUCUUAUUAAAUUUCUGACGGAACCGGCUUUGUCAGCAAUUUGUAUGGUGAUUGAAGUGUAUUGCACCACCCUUUGAAUCUAAUGCCCUCAUCUGGACCAUAAUGGGCAACGUACACUUCAUACGUCACAACAGACGAUCUCAUUAUUAACUAUCCCACCAAACCGCUCCACAGAACUGCCGUUAAUCAUUGGUCAGGGAGGAUGUGUAUUCUCAAAGGACCCGUAUCUAACGCAUUUGCUUGUAGAUCCUUCUUAUGUUCACGCUGAGACAUCCAACUUUAAUCCUUCAUUUUCGGCCUCCACUAACCUGAGGUCGUCACAUGUGAGUAAGAAGUCUUUGCAUUAAGUUUUGAAAUGAGAUUAUCCCUAGUGCUUGACACGAAAGAGGUCAACAUAGAGGAGAGAAAGGCGCAUUCCUAUUCGGUCAUUAAAGCCCACAAAGAAUUCUUGGUAUGCUUUACCUCUUAUUCUCUAUUAGAAUGAAUGGUACGCAUGCUUCCCACUGGAUAUCCAUGCUUUAUGUCUUUCUCUCCUCUGAAAGUUGGAAGGCCCCCCAUCCUUGUAUGCAUCCAGGGUGAUUUAUUGGCAGGCGUUAUAGCUCCUGGUAUCUGGUCUUGGUUUUCUAAAGGAUGUUGUAGCAAAUAAGGGACAGUUUUUUUGGGGCUGAGGGCCGGCUGUGAAAAUAAGCUGCCCCUACCCAACUUAUUCUAGAAGCUCAACCUAAAAUUUUAUUUUAGAAGAUCAAGUUAUCAGAGAAUCAACAAUUUUAUCUCUAGAAUGAAUUUGAUAUUUCAACCAAGUAUCAUUUAGUACCAGAACUAUUGCUGAUUCUGGAAGAAAAAAAUAUUCCUUCCUUACCUACCUUUUUUACGUGUAUAAUACAAGCUGUGUCAUCAUAAGCUUUUUGUUGCUUUGCAGAAAGGGCCUUUGAUUUCAUAAGUUGUUAAGCAAUUACGUAAAGAAAAGGAGUCUGCUAUGACUUUCCCUUUUUUACAAACAUCCCUUUUUAUCAGGAUUACAUCUCCCUAACCAAAUACAGAUACCAGUGUGCUGAUGGUGAUUGUUAUUUAAGGGUAUUUCCCCCCAACGGUUCAACUUGAGCCUCUUAAUUCAAUCUGGGAACCAGUAUUUAUGUGUCAGAUCAGAUGAUAAUAUACUGGGGUGUUUUAUAAAGAAUAGGAUGGAAGCAGAUGCUUUAAGCCGCCAGUCUGCAAGUUUAUUGCUUAAGAGGUGAAGUGGUGUUUACUUUCCUUAUCCAGAGAAUUUUAGAGGAUGCUGGGAGUUUCAGAGAAAGUGAUAGGUAUUUUCUAGAAUCUGUUGGUCCCUCAAUUGUUACAGUUUGGACAUUCAGAAUACUAGUCGGCACAGGUCUAUGCUACGGUGCUGCUUGUAGUGAAAAAAAAUUACGGCCCACUACAACCCUUUCAUGUGGCAAUGUGCUAGUGAGCUUCUGGAAUGGCUAACUUGAGUUUAUGGGUAUCAUGACCUCUUUACUUUUGUUAGACUUACAGUGAAAUGGAGGGGGGUAAUGGGGAUUUUUUUACAAAGUGCUAUGUCAGAAUUACUAAAUCUUUGUAGUUUCUUGUUAUUACUAGGAACUACAAAAGCUCUGGUACUGAUUUUUCAGGUCUCAGAUCUCCAAAUUGCAUGUUUUUUUUUUCAAAUAUUAGAGCAUGUCCAGAUGCUGCUUCACUGGAGUUGGAUCCAUCAACAGGUUCGAACUAAACUUGAAAUCUACCCUGGCACACCAAGACCACUCGUCCACUCUCAGCGCAAAAUGGCAGGGUCUUUCUACUUGCGUUGACUGAAGUCUCUCCUCUCCACAGUCCACACUCUCACAGUAUACAGCCUGCAAAGACUGUAGUGUCCCUUUAUGCUAUGGUUUAGGUGCCAUAGCAUCAUUUUAGUACUCCCUCCGAUCCAUAUUAAUUGUCGCUGAUUAAUCAGGCCACUUUAAACUUUUCAGGGAAAUAUGAGUACAAAUUAGUAUAACUAUAUUUGUAAUGAGGAUAUAUGGCUUGAGUCACUCGACAUUGUGUGCUCAUUUUUCUGGAAAUUACUUCUCCACAGUAGAACUGCUUACUGAAGUCAACUCUGUGGUGCACGACGGCACACACAUCCUUUCAGAGGAAUGUGCAAGUGGGAGAAUGAGAGAGACCCACUGCCUGUAGCAAGUACAUUCCUAUCCGUAACAUAAUGAUUUUCCACCAAAAUGUUCUUGAUAUUGGUUUCUUUCCCGGUCAUUAGGAUCUGAAAUUCCCUCCAAGCUUACCAAGUUACUGGGUUUAAUAAUCAAUUCCAUCUCACUGCACCCCACAAGGCCCGCCCUACUGAUUAGUGAUUACUAGAAGUAGAUCGCUCAAGGUCAAAUGAACUCAUGCCAAGUAAAAGUUAACUUGACCACCCCUUAGAAUUUGAAAGGAUCUCAUCAGGCAUACGUCAGCAUACACUCUGAAAAGACCACCAUGGGAAGGUGAGGAGAGAAGGGAAUUCCAAGCACCUAUAAAAUGACCCUAUCCAUCACAUCUUCUGCAGCCAAGUAUAUUUCAUGGACGAACAUGCACCUGAGAUUCCAGUUGGUUAUAGCAGUUCCUCCACUUCACCAGCCAGCAGCGUCUGGGAGAGUCACCAGAUCCUACAGAUGCAUGCACCCUUCCCCUCAUGGAGCCCCCACACCGGCACACUCCUUACCGCCGCUGCCACUGACCCGGCAACCUUCUGCGAGGACCCCUUGUCACCAGCCCGCACACACCUUCCAAGCAGGCAUCUAUGGAACCAGACUGACCUUAGCAUGGGAGUUCAUGGGAGCAGCAACGAGCUUGGCGGGAGCAGUGGCCAUGGAAAGGACUUCCUUUCCUUGCUUGAAGCGAGGACGGUGAUGCCAGAAAUGCUCGAUGAUUUCUCCUCGGCGGCAUGCGACUACCUCAAAGGGAUGGACGGCAGCGACUACAACAGCAUCUCCGCAUCAGCUUCCUAUGGUUUUGACAGUGGCGGUCCGUACGCUGGCCCCAGUGCUCUGCCCGUCAGGCGUGAUGGGAUUGCGAGCUCUCCACCGGUGUACCCCGGGAACAGUACCUUGGUGCAAGAGAGCAUGAUGGGUUGCAUGCCAAGCCACAACCACGAGGUAAAACUAGAUGGUUCCCAGCAGCAGGAGCUUGGAGCUCCCAUGAAUGCAUUCCUGCAGAAAACGCUUCCUACUAGUGUUGCAAUUCAUGGAAGCCCUCUGGGUUAUUCUGGCUCUGGGAGCGAAAGGGCUUUCCCGGAGGGCCGAGUAAUGCAGGUUUCGUUUGAUGCUAGGAUUUCACCAGAUGCAAUCUAUGCUAGUGGUUACAGAUCAAAAACAGAAUUGGCACAUACCAAUCAGUAUGAGCAACGUACUAUUUCGGCAAGGACUGGUACAGGUCAAAGUGGUGCUGAAGGUGAUCCUAAGAAGAGAAAAUCAGAGGAAAAGUUGGCAGGCAACGGAAAGAGGUCGAAGAAAGAUACUUCAAGUAGAUCACCUCCAAAGGCAGAAGUGCCUGAUAUGAAGUUGGGAGAGAGAGACAAGAUCAUAGCAUUGCAGCAGAUCAUCUCACCGUAUGGGAAGACGGAUAGAGCGUCAGUGUUGUAUGAAACCAUCAAGCACAUCGAAUAUCUACAUGAGCAAAUACAGCUAUUGAGUGAUCCCUACAUGAAGAAUAGCACAAACGAGGUGCCCUUUCAAUGGGGAGGUAAAGAGGAGGAUUUGAGAGGGAGAGGGCUUUGCCUGGUCCCUGUUUCUUGCACCCCGCAAGUUUUCCAGGAUAAUAGCCUGCCGGACUGCUGGACGCCGGUGUACAAGAGCUCCCGGUACCAAUGAUCCCAGCGAUCGCAUGUUUCCUUUAUCACCUCUAGUUGUCACGCUCACGAAUUGGUUGGGGUGUUCACGACUUUACGAGUAGUCGGUUAUUUUGCUUGCGUUCUCCUUGUUUUUACUUUACUAUACUAGUUUUAUUUCCGGUGUAUUGUAUGGUGCCCGAUGUGUAGUCUAGAAUAACAAAGUUGGGGGUCUUAGAUCUUUGGCUUUGUGUGAAAACGGUGUCGAUGCAGGCUUAUCACUCGCUAUUAGGAGAACGGUAUAAUUAUUCCCGUCUUUUGAAGGUUGAACCGCACUGCUUGUACUUGAUAUUUCCAUGGCAUUUUACCCUUUGAUUUGAUGUGUUA